UUCUAGAGACUGCAGACAGAGAAGAAAAGACGUCUGAGAUCAUGGAGAGAGAGACUUCAAACGACGUAAUGGAAACUGAGGAGGUUGAAAAACAAAUUCAAGAAGUAAAUGACAGCAUGGAAAAGGGAGAAGUUGACGUUGAAAAUGGAGAGAUGUCAACCGAGAAGAAAACUCAGGAGGGAGAAGGAGAGGUUCAAACUGACGGCGAAAAUGACGUGAAAAGAGACGAGAAUGCUGAGACAAAAGCAGAGGAGCCCACAGAGGGGGAGAGCACAGAGGGAAAGGAAGUAACUGUGAAGUCUGAAGGUGACGCUGAAAAAGCUCCUGAUGUGGCACAAACUGAGGCUGAGGCAAAGCAAGAGGAAUCCACUCAAAACGACGACCCGGACACAUCUGGCAUGGAAACGAAGGAUGAAUCGAAAUCAGACGAGAGAAACAACGACGAGGAGGAGGGAUCAAAACAAGAUGAAAAUGGAAAUGUAUCUGAGCCUGACAGUGAAAACAGAGAUUCAGAGUUGGUGAAAAAGAGCGAUAAUGUGUCGAGUCAUGUCAGUGAGGUGAUGGUUGCUUCGUCAGGUGACCAGGCACAAUCUCCAACACACACAGCUGUAGAGGUAUCCACUGCACAGCCUGACUCUAACACUGAAAAACACACGGGAGAAAAUCCUGCUGAUCACUCUGCAACUGACGGAGAAAACGGAGCAGACACGGAAGAGGAGGCGAGCAAGGCCUCGGAGGAAGGAGCCAGCGUGCUGCUCCAACCUCAAACACAGUCCCCGACACAAAACAACACAGAGGAGAGCGUAGCAGAAGUUAAAGAAACUCCAGAAGUACUAACAAGAGAAAACAACGCAGAGAUGGUCACAAACUGGGUAACCAAGCAUCAAACAUCCAAGUUCUUUGAGACGUUUGUUGAACCGUUAGAAGACCUAAAGGAAUCACCAGACGCUCAACUUAACGCUAACGAAGAGGAAACACAAUCUACAGAACAGGCGAGAGCAGAGAGUCCACUUAUGAUGGCAGAGAUAUCUCAAAGUGUAAAUGAGGAAAGGGUUACAAGCAAAGAGGAACCUCAAUCUUCAGCUCACUAUGAAGCCGGAGAACAGAGUGAGAAAGACUCUCAGCAAAUGGAGGAGACUGAAGUAAAGGACUUUAAAGUGCAGCCAGAGAGUGAUAAAGAGUCUGUGAGCGGGCAAGGUAUGAGGUCAGAGGACCAGACAGGAAGUAGGCGAUCUCUUGAUAAAGUGCAAGAAGGUUUAAUGCAGGAUGACACUGAGCAAACUGAUGUUUCCAAAACUGAAGUGGAAAGCCUAUCAGGGACUCAGCAUUCAGUAACGAGCGGCAGAGGUGAGGGUGAGGAGAAAACUAGUCCAGAGUUGAAUGAAAAACAAGCAAAGGAAGAGGAGAAAGAUCUUCUGUCGUUAUCAAAGACAGAAGAGCAGGGCGAGUGUUCAACGAUUCCUGAAGGGCUUUCCAAGUUGAAGGCAAAUGAAACAAAAGAUACCGAGGAAACAAGUGAACAAAGUCGAGAAGUCAAAGAAAUAACCGAUUUCACAACGUCUGACGAUGGAAGUCAAGAGGAGACCCAACGGAAAGACAUUGACCCCCAACCGUCAGACACGAGCAUCAACGGAGACAGAAGAGAGGUGCAGAUGAUCGAGGACAUCAAACACACGCUGACUAAAGACCGACUCAGCACUUUCUCAGUGGGCGAAGCGAUGUUCAGUAGAAGUCCAUAUCCUCUGCUGACCGCUGCGAGGACAGAGAGCGGACAUUAGAGCGGCACCAAGGUACAGUGAGGCUUUAAUAGUUUGUUCUUUAGUUUACAGGAUAAUGUAUCAAAAGUGAAUAUCAAAAAAGUGAAUAUCAAAAAAGCGAGGAAUUAGACAAUCAGCUGGCUACAUUUAGAA